UAUGGUUGUAUGGUUCUCAUGCCUGUAGUGUGUCCUACCACGUUGGUGUUGUGGGGAUGGCUACUGCACAGGAUGCUGAUGAGGAAGUACAUAAGGUGAUAAGUGAAGAUGAGGAGGGGAAUGACCCAGACCCUGGUGUUGAGGGAGGUGAGGAAGAGGAUGCUGAUGAGGAGAAUGAGCCUAAGGAGCCAAGGAUCCGUGAAACACCAGAGGACAUUCAUUUUGAUGCCAUCGUAAACACUAUAGCAUUUCAUCCUAAAGAGGAUAUCAUUGCAGCUGGCGAUAUUGAUGGCGACAUAUAUUUAUACUCCUACUCGUGCACUGAAGGAGAGACGAAAGAACUGUGGUCAUCAGGUCAUCACCUGAAGUCCUGCAGGAAAGUGGCAUUCUCCAGCGAUGGCCGUAGCUUGUUCAGUGUUGCUAAAGACAAAUCGGUGCACAUCAUGGAUGUGGAAGCAGGCAAGCUGGUCAAACGUAUUACCAAAGCUCACAGUGUGCCCAUCAAUGCCCUGUUGUUGGUGGACGAGAACGUGCUGGCCACGGGCGAUGACGGGGGCACGCUGAAGGUCUGGGACAUGAGGAAGGGCACGGCCAUCAUGGACAUGAAGCACCACAAGGACUUCAUCAGUGAGAUCGCCAUAGACAGCGCUAAGAAGAUCCUGCUAACCUCAAGUGGGGAUGGUACCAUGGCUGUCUUCAACAUAAAGCGUCGGCGGUUUGAUCUGGUAUCUGAGUUCCAGAGUGGAGAUCUGAAUUCGGUGUCCAUUGUGAAACGUGGUAGGAAGGUGAUCUGCGGCUCCAGCGACGGUACCAUCUAUAUAUUUAACUGGGACGGUUUUGGGGCGACCAGUGACCGAUUCUUCGUGCAGGCAGAAUCUCUCGACUGUAUUGUGCCUAUCACCGACAGCUUGGUGUGUGCCGGCUCCAUGGAUGGAGUUAUCAGAGCCAUCAACAUUUUGCCUAAUCGGGUGGUUGGCAGUGUGGGUCAGCACAAGGGGGAGCCCAUUGAGGAGAUUGCCCGCUCCCGCGACACACGUUUCCUGGCCAGCAGUGCCCAUGACCAGCUGGUCAAGUUCUGGGACAUCUCCAAGCUCUCUGAACUCUCCGUCAGCGACUACCGCAAGAGGAAGAAGAAGCAUGGCAAACUGACGUCGCUCAGCAAGAAAGCUGUCGGCAACGGAGACAACUUCUUCUCGGGGCUGCUGGAUGAGCCGGACAAAAAGGACAAUACGAAAGAGGAAGAUGACCACGAUGAUGAUGAUGACGAGGACAGUGACAGUGAUAGUGGCAGUGACUGAAAAACUCUGAUCUGUUUAAGAACGUCACUGUUGGAUAUAUGUCUUUUAUUGCUUAUUUUGUUUUGGUUUACUUGUACAUUUCCGCUAUAACUAUUGUCUACUAAAUCUAAACCAUGCCACCUAUAUUGCAGCACUGGUUCCGUUGAAAGGAUAUCAGAGAUAGUAUAUGAACCGAAACAUUUGUAUAGAAACACUGGCAUAUUGAUUGAGCCCAGCCUAGAAAGGUCCUAUGAAGGCAUGUGACUUCAGUAUCCUAUUUGCCUGUUUUUUAUGUCCGUCGUAAGAUACAUCCCCAGGUGUU